AUGCCUAGUGAAUUACCGAUUCGCGGAAUUAGUGAUUCAACAGGAACAUCGUCUGUAAUCGAUGAGAAAAACCCCGUCGAAAUCUUGAAAAAAAAAAAAAUAAAAUCCAAAGGAUCCGAACCCGUACCUAACUAUGAGAUACCUAGGGAGACUCACAGGAGAAUUACUCGCAAGCGAAAGACCCUUUCCCUGAUCGUCGAACUCCCUAGAAAUCAACUUUUCGCGACAUCACGAAGACAGUUUCACACCGCACCUCACCGAAGAACCAAGUUUCUUCGAAUUCACAUGCGGAAGCUGGUCGUGAAAUCGGUUAAAGUGGUUCCGGGCGAUCGAGCAGGAUUACAACGCCCUUGGUGGUCCCAACAACCAACAUCCGAAGACGUUGGAUGUCAAAACGAAGAAAAGCGAAUUGUAAAAGAAACAAGAACACUUUCCUAUCGUUUUUGGGGUAGAAAACGAGAAGUAGUUGUUUUUCUCGAUCUUGACGUUUCGAUGAAGGGUCUUGAGAUUCAACGUGGUUUAGUCCCAGUUUUUUUCCUUCACGAUGGAAUCGUUUGGCUGAGAUGA